UGAACAGUCAAUUCAAUACUUAAAGAAAAGAGGUCAAGUUGUCAUUCACAGAGUGGGUUUAACAGUACAGCACUUCAGCAGGAGUAUACUUCAGUCAGAAAACAGAAUAAUGGCUCCAAAUCAACUCUGAGUUUUCAGACCGACAAAUUUCUCUGUAAUGCCCGACGUGCUGGAAAAAUUGAACCUUUCUCACCGGGAGAACUUCAGGGCGGCAUGGGAGUGUACUAGAUCCUUCUGGUCAGAUCCUGUUCUGUAUUUCCCUAUUUGAUUUUGCAGGAUGAUUUCUGGGUUUUGAGGAGCAGAAGUUUGGGUUCAAAAAAAACACAAACUUUUACUGGGGUUAAGAGCUGAAAUUGUGGUAAAAUUAGCAGCUUUCCCAGUUUUGAUUCUCAGGAAUCCUUCUAAGUGAGAUAAUUUAUGCUGUGAGUGAUGGGUGUGGCUUUGUGGAGAUUGCUGUCUCACUGAUGUCCCAUUGUAGAAAACAUAUAGAAUUGAAGCUUACAUACUUGGUCUUUGUUCAUUUUAUUUGUCCAUAAGUUUAGCUUUCCUUAGCUGAAUCCCAUUUGGAUGUGAGGAAUUAACUAUGUCUGUAAUUUCAGAAAAGAGUAUGGUUCCAUCAAGAUUUCUUUCAUGCCUAAUAGCCCUAUCUUUGUUUCUUUUAAUCAUCUCUUCUUUGUCCCUCCUUCAAUUCAGUACCAGUUCUUUCCUACCCAGUUCGGUUUUCCAGUUUAUUCUCGUUAACAAUAGCACUUCGGGUUUUUGGAAUUCAAACAUUAGUGGUGGGGAAAUUGGAACGCCUUUCUUUCCUUCUGAAAAUGUUAAAAACUCAGAGGCGGUUCUCUCGACCCCCUCUCCCAGUAACAGCCUGGGUAGUCAAGAACCUAACAGAAAGUGUGAAGUGAAUCGGGCUCUUCUUCGAGUUUAUAUGUAUGACCUGCCUCCUGAAUUUCACUUUGGGCUGUUAGGUUGGAAGGGAAGUAAGGACGAAAUGUGGCCUAAUGUGAAUGAACCAAGCCAAAUUCCACGAUAUCCUGGUGGCUUAAACUUACAGCAUAGCAUAGAAUAUUGGCUCACACUUGACCUAUUAUCAUCGAAUAUCCCGACUAUUGCUAGGCCAUGCACAGCUGUCAGAGUGCGAAAUUCAACUGAAGCGAACGUCAUAUUUGUGCCAUUUUUCGCUUCUCUGAGUUACAACCGACAUUCUAAGAUUCAAGAAAAGGAAAAGAUCAGUACUGACAGACUGCUGCAGAACAAACUGGUUGAAUUCUUGAAAAGUCGGGAUGAAUGGAAGCGAUUUGGUGGUAGGGAUCAUCUCGUUGUGGCUCACCAUCCCAAUAGUAUGUUGGUCGCGAGGAAGAAUCUGGGUUCUGCCAUGUUUGUACUUGCGGAUUUUGGAAGAUAUCCAGUCGAGAUAGCAAAUAUUGAAAAGGAUGUCAUUGCUCCUUACAAACAUAUGGUAAAGACUAUAGAUGCUGGGAAUUCACGCCCGUUUAACGAGCGCCCUAUACUCAUCUAUUUUCAAGGAGAGAUAUACAGAAAAGAUGGUGGAGCUAUUCGUCAAGAUUUAUACUACCUUCUCAAAGAUGAAAAAGGCGUGCACUUCAAGUUUGGAAGCACUCAAUCAAAUGGUGUCGUCUCGGCUAGCCAAGGAAUGUCUUCAUCGAAAUUCUGUCUGAACAUUGCCGGGGACACUCCCUCCUCGAAUCGACUCUUUGAUGCCAUUGCUAGUCACUGUGUCCCAGUGAUAAUUAGCGAUGAGAUCGAGCUGCCAUAUGAAGACGUCCUUGAUUACUCUGAAUUCUGCAUUUUCGUCCGAGCUUCGGAUGCUGUAAGGAAGGAUUACCUUCUGAAUCUUCUUGGAGGAAUCCGAGAAGACAAGUGGACCAAAAUGUGGAAAAGGCUAAAAGAGCUCACCGUACAUUUUGAAUACCAGUACCCAUCCCAACAUAACGAUGCUGUGGAUAUGAUUUGGCAGGCAGUUUCGAGAAAGAUAUAUUCUAUACAACUGAAGGCUCAUCAUGAUAACAGAUACCAUAGAUCAGAGCUCUUUUUAAAGAAACAAUGAUGAAUGUUCCAAAGAUUGUAUUAUCUAUGACAGAUAUCAGCUCCAGGUUAGGCUUUACCUUAUAGAACACUAUCAUCUGUACUUUUAUUACCAUUACUCGACUCUAGUAAAAAAAAAAAAAUUAAAUAAAAGUUAAAAUUCUUAUUAUGAAGCUCAAA